UCCGUUAUGUGUCCGAUAAAAGUGACACUUUUGGAAUUUUAAAGCCGUAACAAACGAUUAAAAUUUGAACAAGUCUGACACAGAAAAUUCCCUCGACAAAAUCCAUGAUCAAAAUUUAGACACUUCUUGGCUAUUCAUUCGCCUGAUUCCUCUCUAAACAAAAUCGCUAAAAAAAAAUCAACUAAAAAUCGUAUUUUUCAUUUUAAUUGUUCGCCCCAAACGUUGUCGGAAUGUAUUCGCUGUUGCCGUUGAUUGCCCGAAGACAAAAGCCGCGUUUGCGGGGCAGUAUUCAAUGGUGGGUGCAAUCGAGUCAGAGUUUCUUCAAAAUGAGCUUCAAGUCGCCCCAGCCGAGGCCCACCAAGGCCACGAUCAAGGAGCUGUCCAAAAAGCAAGUCCAGUCCCAGUCCCCAACCCCGCAGACCAUGCCACAAAAGGCGAUGCCACAGCAGGCCAUGCCAGAGCAGGACAUGCCACAACCACUUGAUCAGCCACCACCUCCGGAUAACAAGAAGAAGCCCAUAGGCACCAUUAACUCUGGAAUAGGGACUAAAAUUAAACAUCCUUCCGCCAUAACAGCCACCCAAAAGCCAACGAUACCCAACAUCGCUGAUCAGCGGGCCAAGUGGAUGGCAAAAGUCUCACCGGAAAUGCAAAAGAAAGCCAAGCUGGCGGCUGCCAAGGGCAGUGCACCGGCGAGCCCUGCGAAAAUGAAAAACCAAAACCAUCAAAAUUCGGGUUUUGGUCAAAAUUUUGGCGGGAUGCCCCGGAAUCAGAACCCCUGGCAGUCACAAAAUAUGGGUAAUAUGGGCAAUAUGGGCAAUCAGCCUCUGAAGAAGCCAGAACCAGACGAGGCAUUCAAGGGUGCCUCCUCGGAGGCACAGCGCAAGUCCUGGAUGAGUAGGAUGCAGGGAUCGCAGCAAAAGAAACAGGCCCAGUGGCUGAAGGACAUGCAGGCCAAGCAGCAGGCGGGCAAGGAACUGCAUGCCCAGAAGAUGCAACAAAUGCAACAAAUAAGUAAGACAAAUGAGGCGCCAUCAACUCCACCUCCGACAAGCAACCAAAUCGCAGUGCUGACAACUCUCCAAGAACCGGAACCGGAGGAGAAGAGUCCCGAGCACCUGGCCUAUUUGGAUGCUAUCAAGCAGUUGAAUAGCUACCAGGCCCUGGAGCCGGCGGCGGGAAGAGCCACCUCCAAGGGCAGCAAAGCGGAAGCAGAUCCGAUAAUAGAGCAGACGCUGGAAUGCCUGGAGAAGACAGGCCUGAGGAGGGAGCAACUGAAAGACAUACCCGUGAUCCAAAUAGCCGGCUCGAAGGGCCGGGGCUCGACCUGUGGCAUCGUGGAGAGUAUCCUGCGAUGCCACGGCGUCAAAACGGGGGUACUUUGCUCCCCCCACAUGUUCCUAACCAGUGAGCGAAUCCGGAUCGACGGCGAUCCCCUGGAGGAGACCAAGUUUACGGAGUUGUUUUGGAAAAUUCACAACGAAUUGGCGACUACGAAGCCAACAGCCUCGUACAACAAACUAAUGACCGUCAUGGCCUUCCAUGCCUUCCACCAGGCCCGCGUGGAUGUGAUCAUUGUGGAGGUGGGACAGCUGUGCGCCAGCGAUGCCACCAAUAUAGCCUACCAUGCCGAGACAAUCGGCAUCACGACGCUGGGAUGGGAGCAGAGCUCGAAUCUGAGCAAUUCCCUGCGGGACAUUGCCUGGGCCAAGGCGGCCAUCAUGAAGCCACAUGCCAGCAUCUACACCAGCGUCACCCAAACGGAGUGCUCCGAGGUCCUGGCCCAAAAGGCCAACCAGCUCGGCUUGCAGCUCCACCGUGUGCCCGCCUUCACCGACUACAUGGAGGGCAAUCUGAGCAACAAGCAUCUGAUGAACAAAGCCAACUACUCGAUGCGCUUGAACGGAUCACUGGGCAUCCAACUGGCCUACGAUUACCUGCGACGGCACAAGCCGGAAUAUGUUGUAGGCCUGGAGCACAAUUCCACAUCCCUGACACCUGGAACCACUCGGGGUAUCGAGUUGUACGAGCAGCCAGGACAGUUCGAUUUCAUCAAGCAUGACAUGUUCAACGUCUACCUGGACAGCGCCGACACCUUUGAAUCCAUGAUGGCCUGCCGCGACUGGUUCUACACCAGGACACGCUCCAACCGCCAGCCGAAGGUAUUGCUCUUCAACAAGGUCAACGAGUUCAAUGCCAAGGACCUCCUGACCAUCGUCCGGAGCAACCUGCGCUUCGAGGAGGCCUGCUUUGUGCCGAGUCCGAACUUUUUCGAGGGCGAGAUCAUGGCCGAGGAGGAGGGCAACCCGAUGGUCUGGCACGGAAUGGAGGAGCUGCAGCGGGCCAAACGGAAUGCCGGAAACUGGCGUGCCUUGUGCGAGGAAAACGGCAAAAAGGACAAUUCCCAGCUAUCCAUCUCGAUCAACGCCUUCUUCGAGCAUCUGCUGAACAAAUACGGCAAGCAAAGCUACGGAAUGAAGAACGAGCUGGAUAUUCUGGUCACCGGUUCCCGGCAACUGGUGGCCGCCACCCUGUCCUGCGUCCGCCGCAUGAAGGCCGUCCACCAAUGGAAGCCCGACAGGCGAUAAU